GCAUGGCUUGUAUUGUUUAGACGAUCCAGAGUGGCGAAGAAUCACCACAAAAGUUCUGCAUUUCUUUGAAGGGAGGCUGGAAGUUAAAGGAGCGUAUGUACGACAGCCUCUUCUGAUUUCACAAUGGCAUAACAAAGAACCUGCCGUUUUUCUGGUGCAAAGAAAGGUCUGUAAUCGAUAAAAAGCAGUGGUACUUUGUCGUGAGUGACUCUGGCACUAGACCGGUUGCUUCGUCGCUGACUGGUGCAAAUUUAGUUUCCGUAUCAAUCGGUUAUAAACAUAUUUGUUAUACAGCAUUGGUGCUGUUUUCUAGCUUUCUAGGGCACUCCAUGGCUGAAGGUGGUACAUCGAAUACAAGUCCCGUUACACACUGCGCUGUUCUGACAGGAUUUCAGUUGAACACUGGCAGCUGUAUCGUCUGGCAGGUUUUAGAGGAUUUCAGUACUAACGUGUGAAUAUAUAGUUGGUAAAAAUGUUCCCCACUAUAACUAAAAUUAGUAAUGAAAACAAGAAAGAGCCGUUAUGGUCUAUGUGAAAGUCGUGUGGGUGUGUAAUGCAUAGACCAACCGUGCGCACAUCUCGCGAUCUCUUCUAUGUUUGUUGUUAAAUAGUGAAACUUAAAGAUGAUGUGAUAUCAUUAUUUGUCAAUGUUCAAGUUAUGUGAACUGUGCAUAGUUUGCGUGCUAAUCGAGUCAAGUCAGCUUGUUGCAAUGCUGUAAUGCAACAUAUUGUGUUACGACUAAAUAAGUUUCUGUUCGUUCUCUGAUAAAGGACACGGUGUCAGACACUUCUUGCGGCCAUACGAUUUUCGUUUUGAGCUUCUUCAAUGUCAGUAGUCUUCUUUGGGUCCGUGUAAUUAUUUGAUUACCUAAGUAAGCUGAAGUCGUCACUAAAACCAGUCGACAACAGAUUCAAAACAAAGCUUGUCUUGCAAGAAGGAUCCAACGUGCAACUUAGCCGUUACGCGGAUGUAAUUUUCGAAACCAUGAGUUUCGUUAAACCCCGUAGGAACCCCGUUAUUGCAGUAAGCACUAACAUGACGAAUUCAGUUGCAAGAUGCUGUGUCCCUCCUGUGGCCUCUUUGUCUUCUGUGUCAUCUAGUGGUAACUCAACAAGAUUCGCCGUCAACUUGCCUCAUCGGACGAGCGGGACAGCCGAUAUGCCCCACAUAUCCACCAUGCUAGGCGCCCUGUCCUGUUCGGAGGAUAUGCGACUUUUAUCACCGGUGUCAUCCACAUCGUUAUCACACGCUAACGGUGGCAGCGAAAGCCGGGCUGGACACUUAACUUCACUUUCGAAUCUGAGCUACCACGCCAGAGAUUCACAGGGGAAUCAUCAGCAGAGUUCCGUGAGUCCUCACCCCGACCACCUCACCUGCGUAAACAAUGGAGAUGGAGUCUACAAUAGUAAAGGCCGAAUUAGCGGCCCCGGGGCGAGCGCCAGCAUGAGCGAUGACAGCAAUACUACAUGCUGCGGAGCCCAUUGUGGAAGUAGCAGGAGUACGUGUGCAAUGUACGAAAUGAGUGAAUCUUCUAACGACUACGAAUGUCACCUGUCCAAUCCCGAAGCGAUUUGCUCGCCUCUGCUCGGCACGUCGAAUAUAUGGAGGUUUGAGUCGUCGGCUGUUUCAUCGACGUUUCCAGGCGUCUCGGUCAACCGAUACGUAAAUGGACCUCCUGUGGAUCGAUCGAAUUGGAAAGAAUCGUCACUGACUUCAGCGACAGAAUUGAACUCUUCGACUGAUCUUUUCCGGUUACCCUUAUUAAAUCAAGUCAAUAAAACGACAUUCCAUGACAAAAUUGCCCCUUUCUCAAGUCGUCUCAGGAGCGAGAUGGAUUCAUCACAACUGUUAGACAUUCUAGAGGACGUGGCUCGACGUAGGCGUAGCUCAUUGAUUAACGGGAAUCGUGCUCCCGAUCCGAUGAUUACAUGGAAAGGUGUUCUCCAACCGAAGGAGGACGCGACUGGACGUACACUUUCUAGAAAGGUGUUUGUUGGGGGCCUGAGCCGUGAUAUGGAUUCUCGUUGCCUUCUCGAGGCGUUUCAGUCGUUUGGCGUAGAACGAAUCGAGUGGUAUCCUCGUGCCGAAAAAGGUUUUGCGUACGCGAUCUUUCGUCGGGAAUCUAGACUACGUAUGCUGUUGAACGUGUGCUCCAGGGAUGCGCAGGGCCGUUAUUACUUUAAGGUGGGCACAUUGCGCCCCUAUCGGGAACGACAGGUUCAGCUGAUUCCCUGGUUGGUUGAUGAUUCUGACCAGACGCAACUGGUGGCUCAGGGGGCUCGGCCAGAAGUCAACGAACAAACAGUAUUUGUCGGUGCUCUCCAUGGAGAAAUGACCGCUAAGGAUCUGGCGAUCGUAAUGCAAAAAUGUUUUGGAGUUGUGCUCUCCGUCGGACUUGACACUGAUAAGUUUAAGUAUCCAUGCGGCACCGCGCGCGUCACUUUCCAGCACCCGUAUUCACAAGUUGCUGCUCUUGUGGCGGGAUAUAUUCGCGUGGAGAGCAAUAAGUUUGCAAAGACCCUUCAAAUCGAUCCAUUCCUUCAAGACUUUUUAUGCGCAGUGUGCAAACGUGGACCUGGCCCUGUAUUCUGUCGCCAUUAUGACUGCUUUACCUAUUUUUGCCCUCCAUGUUUUUUCCAAAUGCACAAUGUUCAACUGGACGCAGCUGGUAAACCUGUUAUUCCUCAGGGUCACGAGCCAUUAACAAAGAAUCGCGUAAUUAAAAAACGACAUGAUAACGAGCAAGUGUUUGCUUUCAGUUUUCGCCAAAGAGCCAACGGAGACUCUUUCGACGGUCGGUUUUGGGAGAGUUCGUGCUUUAAUAGUUACCAUCAUGGAUUGAAAUGA